CAGGAAGUUACCCCCAUUAGCCAAUCUCCCAAAUCAUGACCCAUCAUAAAAUUAUUCCAAUAAUAUGAUUUUAAAUUUUUAAUCAAACGGCUGAUAGAGUAACCCAUAUGUUCCUUUCUCACAAUUAUUAUUAUUUUUUCAUCGGGAUUUGGGACUCACUUCAAAAUAAGGACGUUAGAAACAAAGCGAAUAAAUUUAAGAAAAAAAAGUGAAAAAUAAAAAUAAAUGAUCAAAACUUCGUCGCGAGACUUUCUCUCCCUCUUCUCUUUUUUAUUAGACCGUUGCAAACUCAAAUCUCUUUUAAUAUCAAAAUAAAUCCCUUUUUUUUUUUAAUUCAAACAACUCUCUUUUUCUGCAGAUAAAGAACAGAGUAAAUCUUCAAGUUUCAUAAAAAAUGGCAGGGACAACUGAAUCUCAGUGGCAAACCCAUCAGCCAAAUCCUGCUCUGCAAUCUCUUUGCCAUGCCCUUGACCCUAUUUCUCUCAUUCUUUCUCAGAACUCAAGCCCCAGUAAUCCAAUUCCUUUGAGGCUUACAACAGAGAGUUAUAUAAUGGAAAGAGGUCCUAGAUAUAGAGCAUAUGCAGAGUUGAGAGAAACAAAGCUGAGAAUGAAGAUUGGUAAGCUACAAGAAAGGGAAGAAAUUGAAUUUAAACAAACCCCAACAAAGAAACAAGUGAAGUUUAAUUCAAGUUUCGGGAUUUCUAGGAAAGUGUCCUCUGCUUUGGCUCAAUCAGUGCCUGAUUUUUCAGCAACUUUGAGGAAAGAAAAUCGGAAGCCGCCAGUUAACGAUGGGAUUGAAUUGACACCACCAGGAAAGAAUUGGUCAAAAGGGAAUGGGGUGUUGUCGAAUUCCAGGGGGAGUAAGUCUGCCAAUGCGGGGGAGAAGAAAGGAAGGUUGAUGAUGGCAAGGAAGAGCUAUGCUAAUGUUGACGAAUUGAAAGGGAUUUCAAUGAGGGCAGCUAAUGCUAUCAAUGGAGAAAACAGGGGAGGGAAGAGUAGUGGGAGAGGAGUUGCUGGUAAUAACAAAACUGUUUUGGGGUAUAGACAGUUUUAGAAAAAGAAGAAAAAAAAAAAGACUGAAUUUCACUUUGGUUUUCAAACAAUUUUCUUUUUUUUCUCUUUUGGGUUUCUCGAUUGGAUUUUUUUUUCCAAGGACUUGAUUACUUGUUCCCACAUGUCAGAGAGGUUUGAGGCUAUGAAUUCUUUUCUUGCUAAGUUUGUUUUUUCCAUUGUAAAGCU